AAUGUGAAAAAUGGGAAAAAUGGCGUCGGGAUUGCGGAAGCAUCGGGCAGGUUUCCCUUGGCAGGGGAGCACUUUUGGCUCCGCCCCUCGCAGGCGUUCCGGAUGUGGGCGGGGCCGGGGGCGGGGCCGCUGUUCCUGGCCUGUCUCCAGGGCUCCUUCGCUUACGGGGGCUGGAAUUUCCUCAAUUACGUCACCGAGGAGCUGCGCGAGCCCCAGAGGAACCUCCCUUUGGCCAUCUCCAUCUCGCUGCCGCUGGUCACCUUCCUGUACGUGGCGGCCAACGUGGCGUACCUGGCGGCCAUGAGCCCGCAGGAGAUCCUGCAGAGCGACGCCGUGGCCGUGACGUUCGGGGAGAAGGUUCUGGGCCCCAUGGCCUGGGUGAUGCCGUUCGCCGUCGCCCUCUCCACCUUCGGCGGCGUCAACGGUUCUCUCUUCACCUGCUCCAGGGGCGUGGCCGGAAGUGGGCGUGGCCUGAGCCGCGGCCCCGCCCCCUUUCCCCCCCCCCAGUGCGUCUCCACGCUGCUGAUGCUGGUGACGGGCGACAUUUACACGCUGAUUAAUUACGUGGGCUUCGUUAAUUACCUGUGGUACGGCGUCACCGUGGCCGGGCUGCUGCUGCUGCGCCGCCGGGAGCCGGAGCUGCCCCGCCCCAUCAAGGUUCCCCUGGUGCUGCCGGUGCUGUUCCUGCUGUUCUGGGCGGCGCUGCUGCUGUUCUCCCUCUGGUCCGAGCCCGUGGUGUGCGGGGUGGGCGUGGCCAUCACGGCCUCGGGGGCUCCCGUCUAUUGGCUGUGCCUCCGGAAGGGGCGGGGCCGGCGCGGGCCACGCCCCCUGCAGGGGCUGCGGAGGAGGAUGGCCUCCUGGAGCCGUUUCUGGCAGCGCCUGCUGCUCGUGGUUUACCCAGGGGGGGGAGGGGCCUCUCAGCGCCCCUCCCCCACCCCUGAACCCAAACCGCGAUUUUUUAACCCGAAAUCCCCCAAAUUUUCACUUUUUCCCCUCAUUUUAACGGAGUUUUACCGGAAACCUCCGAGCUCUCCACAGAAAUUCCCGCCUUUGCCGCCCCCCCCCCUCACUCCGGAAACACCCGAAGAGCGCCAGAACGCCUCGAACGCCGCCGGAAACACCCGAAGAGCACCGGAAACACCCGAAUGUUGCCGGAAAUACCCGAAGCUCCCUUGCGGAAGUUGCCGAAGAGCCGGAAGCGUCCGAAAGGCGCAGCGCAAGCGGCGCCACACCAAGAUGGCGGACGGGGAGGAGGUGACUCUGGACGGGCGGCCGCUCCAUCUGCUGCGCGUCGCCGACCUCAAAGCGGCCCUGGAGCAGCGAGGCCUCGCCAAGAGCGGCCAGAAGAGCGCCCUGAUCAAGCGGCUGCGAGGGGCGCUGAUGUUGGAGAACCUCCAGAAGCACUCGAGCCCCCACCCGACCUUCCAGCCCAAUUCCCAGAUGGGCGAGGCCAUGGGGCAGAACAGCAUCAUCAAGCAGUACCUGGAGAAGCAGCAGGAGCUGCUCCAGCAGGGCCGGGACCCUCCGGAACCUCGAGCCUCGGAGCCGGGGGAGGAGGAGGAGGAGGAGGAAGAGGAGGAAGGAGGCGGGAGGAAGGAGCGGAGGAGGAUGAGACGGAACCUGAGACCCCCAAGUUCCACUUGUGGGGCAAAGAAUGGAAUUGGAAACCCCCAAAAUUCACUUGUGGGGCAGAGACGGAACCUGAGACCCCCAAGUUCCACUUGUGGGGCAAAGAAUGGAAUUGGAAACCCCCAAAAUUCACUUGUGGGGCAGAGACGGAACCUGAGACCCCCAAGUUCCACUUGUGGGGCAAAGAAUGGAAUUGGAAACCCCCAAAAUUCACUUGUGGGGCAGAGACGGAACCUGAGACCCCCAAGUUCCACUUGUGGGGCAAAGAAUGGAAUUGGAAACCCCCAAAAUUCACUUGUGGGGCAGAGACGGAACCUGAGACCCCCAAGUUCCACUUGUGGGGCAAAGAAUGGAAUUGGAAACCCCCAAAAUUCACUUGUGGGGCAGAGACGGAACCUGAGACCCCCAAGUUCCACUUGUGGGGCAAAGAAUGGAAUUGGAAACCCCCAAAAUUCACUUGUGGGGCAGAGACGGAACCUGAGACCCCCAAGUUCCACUUGUGGGGCAAAGAAUGGAAUUGGAAACCCCCAAAAUUCACUUGUGGGGCAGAGACGGAACCUGAGACCCCCAAGUUCCACUUGUGGGGCAAAGAAUGGAAUUGGAAACCCCCAAAAUUCACUUGUGGGGCAGAGACGGAACCUGAGACCCCCAAGUUCCACUUGUGGGGCAAAGAAUGGAAUUGGAAACCCCCAAAAUUCACUUGUGGGGCAGAGACGGAACCUGAGACCCCCAAGUUCCACUUGUGGGGCAAAGAAUGGAAUUGGAAACCCCCAAAAUUCACUUGUGGGGCAGCUGGAGACCCCAAAAUUCCACUUGUGGGGCAGAAACGGAACCUGA